CCAAUGAUAAGCAUCAUCUUAUCUUCUGGCGUUCAACAGGUUGGUUGUUCAUUCCGGUGUAUAGGUUAAAGCGAAGCACGGACUCAGAUUUCUCAUUUGUUUCAAAGAUAUAGUCAAAUAGAAGACACUGGAUUCACCGGACUCUUAGUGCAUUAGAUCAAAUCAUCAACGAUGUCUAUCAAGUUUUGGGCCUACUUCGCUCUUGUCUUGGGAAUCAGUGCUACACACAUAAGCGGGCAAGUUUUACGUCUGGUUGAUGGAAACAACGCAGCAGAGGGAAGGGUUGAAAUCCGUAGUAGCUUAGUCUGGAAAACUGUCUGUGAUAAUGGAUGGGAUCUCAACGAUGCCGGAGUUGUAUGCCGUAUGCGAGGAUUCCAGGGGGCUUCUGCAGCUCCAGGAUCAGCUCAUUUUGGACAAGGCACUGGUGGCAUUGCAGUAGCUGACGUUGACUGUACAGGAACUGAGGGAAAGAUUUAUUCCUGUAAAUUAUCUUUCGAUACAGAAGAGUGUGGUCAUUCUGAAGAUGCCGGAGUAGUUUGCACUGCUCCAGCAGAUCUAGAAGGAGCUGUACGUCUGGUUGGUGGAAACAACAACGCAGAGGGAACUGUUGAAAUCCAGUAUCAAGGACAUGAACUGGGGAACUAUCUGUAAUUAUUUAUGGGAUAUCAACGAUGCCCAUGUUGUCUGCCGCAUGCUAGGAUUCCAGGAGGCUUCUGAAGCUUCAGGAGAUUCUUAUUUCGGAGGAGGCACUGGUUCCAUUCAUCUAUCUGGCGUUACCUGUACAGGAGAUGAACAUACUAUCUUUGAGUGUGGACACGCUGGUUUCGGAAUUUCCUUUUGUAGCAGUCAUUCUCAAGAUGCCGGAGUAGUUUGCAUUGCUGAAGGAGAUGUACGUCUUGCUGGUGGUAACAACGCAGCAGAGGGAAGGGUUGAAAUCCUGCUUGAAGAAUGGGGAACUAUAUGUAAUACUAGAUGGGGUAUCGACGAUGCCAAUGUUGUCUGCCGCAUGUUAGGAUUCGAGGAGGCUUGUAAAGCACGACCAGCUCGAUUCGGAGAAGGCUCUGGUCUUAUUAAAAUAGAUGACGUUGGUUGUACAGGAGCUGAGAACCAUAUCCGUGAUUGUACACACUCUGAUACCCCCUAUGCAAACGGGUGUGAUCAUUCUAAAGAUGCUGGAGUAGUUUGCGAUGCUCCCAUAAAUACAGGAGCUUUACGUCUGGUUGGUGGAAACAACGCAGCAGAGGGAAGGGUUGAAAUCCAGGAUUGCGGCGACUGGUUCACUAUCUGUGAUAAUGAAUGGGAUAUCAACGAUGCCACUGUUGUCUGCCGCAUGCUAGGAUUCAAGGGGGCUGCUGGAGCUCCAAGAUCAGCUCGAUUCGGAGAAGGCUCUGGUUAUUUUAAAAUAGAUGCCGUUGGUUGUACAGGAGCUGAGCACGAUAUCCUUGAUUGUACACACUCUGAUACCCCAUAUUCAAACGGAUGUGAUGAUCCUCAAGUUGCCGGAGUAGUUUGCAUUGCUCCAGGAAGUACAGGAGCUGUACGUCUGGCUGGUGGAAACAACGCAGCAGAAGGAAGGGUUGAAAUCCAGUAUGACGGAGUCUGGCGCACUAUCUGUAAUGAUGGAUGGGAUAUCAACGAUGCCAAUGUUGUCUGCCGCAUGCAAGGAUUCCAGGAGGCUUCCGGAACUCUAGGAGAAUCUUAUUUCGGACAAGGCACUGGUCCUAUUCUUCUACCCUAUUCUGUCCUAUUCUUCUGUACAGGAACUGAACUGACUAUCUUUGAGUGUGCAUACGCUAAAUUCGGUGACUCGUGUAAUGGUGAAGGUGCCGGAGUAGUUUGCGUUGCUCCAGCAGGUACAGGAGCUGUACGUCUGGUUGGUGGAAACAACGCAGCAGAGGGAAGGGUUGAAAUCCAGUUUAACGGAGACUGGGGAACUAUCUGUGAUGAUGACUGGGAUAUCAACGAUGCCAAUGUUGUCUGCCGCAUGCUAGGAUUCCAGGAGGCUUCAGGAGAAGCUUAUUUCGGAGAAGGCACUGAUCCCAUUCAACUAUCUCGCCUUGCCUGUACAGGAGAUGAAGAAACUAUUUUUGAGUGUGGACACGCUGGUUUCGGUGUUCACUCUUGUGAUCAUUCUAAAGAUGCCGGAGUAGUUUGCACUGCUCCAGCAAGUACAGGAGAGUCAGACAGCUCGUCCUCAGAGGAGUCUGAGAGCUCGUCCUCAGAGGAGUCUGACAGCUCGUCCUCAGAGGAGUCUGACAGCUCGUCUUCAGAGGAGUCUGACAGCUCGUCCUCAGAGGAGUCUGCCGAAAACGCUGCCUCAGCGGAGUCUGCCUAAAGCGCUGCCUCAGCGGAGUCUGCUUCUUCCAAUGAGAGAAGAUAGAUAAAGUCCGGCUUUGGGCGUUCUCUGGUGACGUUUAAGCGAUGAUUUAUGAUUCAAAUUCAACAGAUUACAAAUAGAUGUUAACAACUCUUUGUUUUUCACUCUCAUAAUAUCCAUGUUCUAUACUUUAAUUAUGGACGUGUACUUUUCUCUAUCGUUCCCUAGGUUAAUUUUACUAUUUCAAGUGAAAAAACACAUAUAUGGCAUAAAAAAAGUUGGUCUUGUAUUCAAUUAAAGCUGGAAAUGGGUCACUAUCCAAGGCUUUUGUAUUAAAGACAUAGUUCAGAUCAUACUUUCUUCCCGAUUAGCACUCAAGGCACACAGGUGAGUGUGUCGAUCAGCGCUCCUGGUAAAUUAAAGGUUAUUCAAUAUGAUUGUUGACAUAAUUCUAUUUAUAUGUAAACAGAUAAUGACAUAUAUCACUAAUAAUUUAAUUGUAAAAUUAUUUUAUUAUUCAAAUUAAACAGUUAAAAUGUGUGAAAUCACAAUUUGCAGUGCCUUCUUUGUUAACAAUGGAUUUUUCUUAUACAAAUAAUUACAGUGCAUAAUUUGUAAUGUUUUUUUUUUUAAUUCUAGACAGAUUUCUCUUUACAUGUAAUCAAAAGACUACAUGAUCGACUGCUUUCCGAAUCAAAUCAUAUUCGGUUAGAGUGUAUUUUGUGUUUUUGGUAAGCACAGACAUUCAAAAUUAAUAGUGUUGCAGAAUGUUUUCUGCUUUCCUCUUCUUUUCCCCUUUUUACUUUCUUUUUUUUUGAAAA